AGUGCAAGCCAUGUAGUCAGCCCUGCGGGCCUCCCAGUGCCCAACUCGGUGUCCAGUCUCCUGAUUCCAGUGGUAAAGGAUCGUCCCCCUCACUGUCCCCUGCCUCCGUCGCUGAGGAUAUCUUCUUUGAUAAAACCCCUGAUGACCAAGAUGCAUGUUCAGUAGUCAGUGACUACGACUGCCCUUGUGCGGAGGUGGGGAGCAGCGUGGAGGACCUGCUGGGCUUCAGUUCCUCUCUGAGAGACUCUGAGUACUUCAAAGACUUGGAGGGAGGGGUUUCAGCUUCUCAGUCUACUGCAUCCACAACAACCAAUGUCACAGAGAGCAAUGCCCUAACUGCUGGCCUACAGGUGUCUCUAAACACGAACACUCCUGUCAGCAGCCUACCUGGACAGACUUCUCUGAGUACACUCUACUCUCAGGUCAAUGCACCAUCACCACCUGCGGAGGAACCUCAUCACAGCUUUGUGGUAACUCAGCUUAGUUCUAAGUUAUUGCCAGGCUGUAUUAUUGACAGCAGUGACUCCUCAGACCCAGCAGUGGGUCUUAGUUUGACAAUAAAUCUGAAUGGACUGUUGGGAUCAUUAGAAACUGCAAAAGGAACUACAGGAUCAGAGGGAGUAAAGGAACAAACCACAAUGGAUUUUGAAGGAGAGCCAGAUGAGGACAGCUUUCCUAUUCUGGUCAGAUCCAUGUCAACGUCUCGAAGGCACAGCUGGGGUGUCCCUGUGUCCCCCAUUAACCUGGGGAGGAGACUGAGUCUGGAUACCAUGGCCAUGGACAGCGAUGGAGAAAGAGAGGAUGAUGAGGACGGACAGGAGCAGAUCUACAGCUUCACAGCCUGUCCUGGGGAGGAGACAGAUGGUCCCAGGCUGAAGGUCACCUGUCCCAGAGCCAGAGUCACAAGCAUGGCCAGCGGUGCUCCCAGCAGACAUCUGUAUUCCCGCUCAGACAUCCUCGCCACGGACGAAUGUUCCCGUGCUGCACACAUUUCCCGUGUUGUGCAGACAUCCAAACAGGCUGCACGGGCAGCAGGAGCAGAGGAGUUUGACCCUGAAGAAAACCUACAUUCUACUGAAGGACAGAGCCACAUAGCGAAGCAGAGGCACCACACAUCAGACAAAGAUUCAGGAAAUGUCACUUGGUAUGAGUUCCUCUCUAAUGAGAAUGAAGAAGAGGACGAUCGUACAGAGAAGGUGGAGAAAGGCACCAAGGUGAAGAGGACUCUCAGCUCUUUGAGGAACAGGAUGACUGGUUCCUUCAAUAAAGAUAAGGGUAAGAAUCGAGAAAAAGAGCAGCAGAAAGAGAAGGGGAAGGAGAAGGAGAGGGAAGCCAAAGAGAAAGUGCGCAGGAACAGCACCACCAGCAGCAGCAGCAAUGGGCAUUAUUUGAGGCCAGGCGCUUUUUCCAGCUGUGCCACCUGCUCACUGUGCGGCAAGACCCUGCAGAAAAAGCAUGGCCUGCAGUGCAUGAAUUGUGCUGUGAACGUUCACAAGAGCUGCAAGUCUCUGCUGGGUGAGUGCACCAGCAGCAAGAAUAAGAGAGAUUCUCUGCCGAAGAGCGGCUCAUCGGGAUCUCCUAACCUUGCGCUAAAAGACCGGGACAGGGAGCGGGAUCAGGCAGGCCCAGCCUCAUCACUGACCCUAGAUGGCCAGCCAAGUUAUCUCAGCGUCCCAGGCAUGACCGUUAGUCAGUGGGGACCUAACACUCAGCUGACUGCCGCCCAUACCACCAGCUCCACUGCAGCCCUUGCCUCCAGCUUUGGCCACAGCCUCCGUCACCACAACAGCUCAGGAUCCCUCCCUGGGGAAAUGGAUGAAACAGAUGCUCUCCGCUCCAAACGCUGCAACGAAGAUGCCAUUUCCCUCGCUCCCUCCACCACCGAGUCCAUCAUUGUAGAAGAUGCUCAUUAUGCAGCAGUGCGGGCUGAUCUGGAGUCGGAUGCCCAGGACCUGGAGGCGGAGUCAUGGAGUUUAGCAGUUGACCAGCAGUAUGUUAAGAGACACCCUAAAGAAAUGGUGAAGAGGCAGGAUGUGAUUUAUGAGCUGAUGCAGACAGAAAUGCACCAUGUGCGAACGCUGAAGAUCAUGCAGCGUGUCUAUGUCCGAGAGUUGAAAGAGAACCUCCAGAUGGACUCGGGAAGGCUGGACUGUCUGUUCCCACGCUUGGAAAACCUCCUCGAGCUUCACACACAUCUCCUGUCUUGUCUCAAAGAGCGGCGGCGAGAAAACCUUGUGUCGCCCAACGACAGGAACUACACUAUCAACAGAGUGGCAGACAUUCUGAUCGCACAGUUCUCAGGUGAAAUAGGAGAGAGGAUGAAGGACAGCUAUGGAGAUUUCUGCAGUCACCACACUGAGGCUGUCAGCUACUACAAAGAACAGCUGCAAAACAACAAAAAGUUCCAAAACAUCAUACGGAAAAUCAACAACCUGUCCAUUGUGCGGAGGUUAGGAGUGACAGAGUGUAUUCUGUUAGUGACACAGCGCAUUACCAAGUACCCAGUACUAGUGGAGCGGAUUCUGCACAACACUGAAGCGGGAACAGAGGAACAUGAGGAUCUGACUCGGGCUCUGGGUCUGAUUAAAGACACCAUCAUUCAGGUGGACUCACUGGUUAAUCUCUAUGAGAAGACAUGUCGACUCAGAGACAUACACAACAAGAUGGAGCCAAAGGCAAUGGGAAAAAUCAAAGAUGGCCGAGUGUUUCGCAGGGAGGACCUGGCACAGGGAAGGAGACGGCUGCUUCAUGAGGGCACAGUCAACUGGAAAGCUGCUUCUGGCAGGCUCAAAGAUAUUCUUGCAGUGCUUCUGUCAGAUGUGUUGCUCUUGUUACAAGAAAAGGACCAGAGAUAUGUGUUUGCUACAGUGGAUAACAAGCCGUCAGUGAUCUCUCUUCAGAAGCUGAUAGUCAGAGAGGUGGCCCAUGAGGAGAAAGCCAUGUUUCUUAUCUGCGCAUCCUCCAAUGAGCCAGAGAUGUAUGAGAUCCACACCACCUCCAAGGAGGAGCGAAAUACUUGGAUGACACACAUACGGCAAUCUGUUGAGAGCUGUCCUCAUACAGAAGAGAGGCUGUUCAGUGAGGAGGAAGAGGCACGAGCUUCCAGGUUCAAGGAGUUUCAAGAGCGGUUGGGCCAGAAGGACGCAGUAAUUGUGCAGGCUCUUACUGAGAAGCUGCAGCUGUUUGCAGACAUGGCAGAGUCUGUGGCAGGUCUAGAGGACACUGCUUCACGUUCUAGGCUUCUCCUUCGAGGAGACACCUCAGACCUCCAGCAGGGGGAGACCCUGCUCAAAGGAGCUAUCACUGAGGUGGAGAACCUCCAGAACCUGUUGCAGUCCGGAGUAAGGGAGGAGGCUCCAAGCUCUCGAUUGGAGGAAGGAGGCGGAUCUGGGGUCCUGCCUAGGCGAGCGGAUACCUUUGGUGGCUAUGACAGCAGCCCCACCAUCCUCAGUAAGAAUGGCAGUGUGAAGAAGAACUCUUCUGGCGAGUCCAGAAACAGAGACAGAAGCCAGAGAGCCAGCUCCGACCCUCAGCUCAAAGACCUCUGUGGCAGCCACACCCUGGAGCAGACGGUUGAUGAGAGCUCCUGCUCUCCCGCCAGAUGGAACCGCAUCUGGUCCAACUCCUUCCCUGAGGCUGAGUUCUUUGACAGAGUGCUGAUGCUCUCCCAAAGGCUCUAUAGUCUGCAGGCCGUCAUUUCUCAGCAGGACAGCCACAUUGAGCUGCAGCGGGCCUCUUUGACAGAGCGGGCCUCCCUGCCCGGCCGCCACCGAGGGAAUGUGCUCCUGGAGCAGGAGAAGCAGAGGACUCUGGCCCUGCAGAGAGAAGAGCUGGCCAGCUUCCACAAGCUGCAGUCUCAGCACCGGCAGGAGCAGCAGCGUUGGGAGAAGGAGAGGGAGAGGCACCGCCAGCAAGUUGAGGCCACCGAGGCUAGGCUCCGACAAAGGGAGGAGGAGUGCAGACGGCUGGAGGAACAUCUGGCAAAAGAGAGGGAGGAGCUGGACAGGCAGAGAGAGACGUACCAGCAGGACCUGGAGAGACUGAGAGAGUCUACCAGAGCUGUGGAGAAAGAAAAGGAACGCCUGGAAAACCAGAAAAAGAUCAAGCGGAAGACCAUUGAGGUGGCUCCUCUGUCUGGCAGUCUGAAUGGAGAGCUGCUCAUUUCCUCCGGCCUCACUAGCUCCACCGGUGUCUCUGACCUGCCUCAGAAGUCCCUGGUGCGCGCCAGCCUGUCUGUAGCACCAGCCGACUAUCCAGAGCGCCCUGAAGUGACAUUGCGGCGGGAGACAGGCUCUUCCACCCUGCCGCUGAAGACAGAAGUCCCGCUUCACCUCUUCAGCACCACCAACCAGCAGCACAAACUGGUCGGGGUGCAGCAGCAGAUUCCCACCAAGCUUGCCGCUUUUAGCAGCGGCAAAGGGAAAGGAGGCAAGAGCGGCAAAGCUUCGCAUCGCACUGACAGCUCAGCCUCAGUGGAUAUGAAGCAGAUGCUGCCACUGAAGCUGUCUGCCCGAGAUGAAAAUGCCCUCAAGGCCAAGCGCUCCAUCAGUCCCCACCAGCAGCUCUCGCUGUCAGCCCUGCAUCACCACGCAGAUCAGCUCAGUCCUCCAGACAGUGCUGGAGCAGACAGCCAAACCACCUCCUCCAUUAGCACCUCCCACCCUCCAAAUGCUCAGAAGCCCCCCAUGCCUCCUGCGCAGUCCCAUCCUCAGCCCCCCAUGCAGCCUCCCGCCAUUCCUCCCCACUCUCAGAGCACUGGAUUUCUCCAGUUCCAGUCCCAUGUGCAGCCGCAGGGCUUCAGCCCCAACGCCCAGGCACAUGUCCAGGUAAAUCAUGGGCUCAGCCACAGCAUGCCGCCACCAUACAAGAUCCCCACAGAAGACCUCAAUAAGGAGGAUGUCAUCUUCUUCUAAGCUCCUGAUUGCUGAUCACAAAAACAAAACAAAAAAAAGACAAUUAUGAGAUCGUUACUGAUCCCCAGCCAACCACAAGGUCCAUUUCAAGGAGCCACUAACAUGUGAUAGUGUGACACUGACUGUAUAUCAGUGUAGGCAGGUGUUUUAUUAUUGACUAUUAAGAUAAGGUUGUUUGAAUAUCUGUACAAAGUUGCAGCAGUCUGUUGCAGACAACAGAGCCUUUGUCAGAGUUACAGUGGCUCACAUAGAAAAAAAAACUUGCUUUUAAACUUUCUUUUUUAUUUAAUUUUUUUUUUUCUAAACAAGAAGUACGAAGAGGGAGCUUUUGACUAAACAAAGGCUUCUUGUAAUACAUAUGACAAGGUUUAAAUGAAGUUAUAGCAAUCCAAAGACAUUAGCUGCAAGAGCUGAAGGUAAUUUGACUGAAAGGAACAAUGUGAAAAAAAAAACAAAAAACGGUUGGGUGCAUUUCAGGAGACUCCGGUCAGGCUGGUUAGUGAAGCAUGUGUAAAGUGAAAGGUGCAGCAACGGAGCCCCAGCCUUAACCACCUCCUUCUACUGGUAGCUGGAACCGCAAGAAACGAUUCAACAGGAACUCAGAAGAACUCUUUAUAAACGAACACUCUCUGCUUGGUGUUUCAUUUGCACAGUGUAAAUACUCCAUUCCAGACUUAUGAAUGAACUUUUAUGGACAAAUUGUGUUUUGUUUGUUUGUACAGUUGUGAAGGUUCAUUUAAUUUUGCUGUUCUUGUUCCCCUUAAUCAUGCUGAUUGCAGAUGGCUAACAUCGUGGAUUACAUCUUUAGCGUUGCCAGUGGUUGUGAAACUUGGAUUUGGUCAGCAUACAAUCUUUUUUUCCAGGCUGUUGUAUAAUAAUGCUUCAUUUCAAUUAAGGGAGAGUUUGGCUUUUGGGAAGAUAUACUGUUUUUCCAACCCAUGCAGAGUGAGACAAACUCAGCGAUGCCUUUCUUAUAUUCUCUGUGUAGUACAAAGUAGAGUGAGUUAAGUCGACUCCAGGUCUGUUCCUGCGUGUCGUAGCAAUAACUCUCCUCAAAAACACUGAGGAUUAAUCAUUUGUAUUCAACCUAUCAAUAACAAUAUUUCUAAAUAGCAUUUUGAAGUACAUACAGCUUCAUUUUUGUUUCUGCAACUAUGGCUGUGGGUCUUCUGUGUCUUUACCAUGGAAAGCCUUCAGCCUUUAAAGUUUAAAGGUAUUUGUUCCGGAUAUGUAGCUGAGCUGCUGUUGAUCCCAUUAAACAUCCAGGAAAUGAGCUGAAUUUGGCACUGUUCGUCAUCUAGAUAUCAAAAAGGCCUCAAUGAGUUUAUCACACCCUGAGUUACAGUUCCCAAAAACUAUCCCUUUAAGCAAACCAUCUUCAAGAAACGUCUAUUUGUGGGCAUUUUAAUGUGCUGUACAGUUCAUGCCAUUUCAUGCUGUAUGUUGUUUUAAGGGUAAACAUAACUUUUAACUGCUUCAUAUUUCUGGACAGUGGCAAAGAAAAGAGAAAGGCGGGAUAAUACUUUUAAAAGAGAACAUAAGUGAUAAUCACAACAGUUCUAUACAGACUUAAUCCACCAUAAUACUAGCAGAAAAUAGACCUUCGUGAUUUUGCACCAGUUCGUCCAGCAGUAUACAUGUACAGAGUCUGCUAGAAAGAAUGUACAGAAAAUUGAAGCAUGUUGAAGUUUAUAGAUUCCCUUGUUCAAUUCACUUUGGUCCUAUUUUUUCACCCAAGUCAGGAAAUGAAAAGUUCAUGUGACUGACAAGUCAAUUUUUUUGAAAGCUUGUGUCUCUGGAGCUCAUUUUGCUGACUUGGCAGUCUGUGAAAUUGUCCUAGUGGCUUAAUUUUAACUAAGUCAGUAUAUCUUUGAGUUAAAUAUGAAGAUGUCAGUUUUCUCCAAGGCCAUCAGGUCUCAUUGACAGUGUGUUUUAUUGAUUGCUGAUGACAUUUCAUUAGCUGGGUCUUAAAUCUCUGUGCCUGACAGAAAACCGGUACUGUGACGGGUGCAGCAAAAAGGACUUUCAGCUGUCGUCUAAGAUUUCAGUCUUUAUCUUUUCUUCACAGAUGAAAUAUGGGGAUGUUCAUCCCAUUACUUUGCUCUGUACGUACGAGAGAUUCCUUUAAAUCCUUAAGUAGUUGACACAUUAAUGUGUUCUGUGUCUCUGGAGGGGAAAAUAUCAGGAGAGCUUUUUGUCUUUGCCCAAAUAAGCUUGUCUCUGAAGGUGUGAUCACUACCUGGAGUUUGAGCAAGUUUCCUGAGUGCUGAUGUAUAUUAUGUAUAUUGUUGUACAUACUGUAUGUGAUCUCCUCUGCUCUGGCUGCCCUCCUCCUACACAUUCAUCAAGAUGCAAAAGUCAGCCAAAAGUCUGUUUGUGCAUAUGUGUAUAUACACUUACAAUACACACAUGGGUGUGUACGUACAAUACGGUACGCCUUGCUUGGAUAAAUUCGUGGCAGUUUAUGAAACCACAGUCAGUCAUUGCUGUUGUGUAAAUCAACUAAAACUGAAGGUGUGUAUAUUUAAUCUGCUGAUGUGUGUUGACGUUGUAGCUUUGAAAUCGAGGUGCACUGUCUGUCGGCUUUGUCCUGCGAUUCUUGAGUGAUGUCUCUCCAAGAUUAUGUAGCAGUUUAAAAAAAAACAAAAAAAACAAACUAAACCAUCUGCUUGUUUCAGUCGGUUAAACCAAAGAGACGUUCGGCUGGCUGGGCUCCUUUCUGUGCUCGUGUAUGAAGGAUAAAUGACACUGUGCUGGUUGCGUAGUUGUGCACAAAGUGUUAUUACUUGUAAAAACAUCCUCCGGGGAGUGUCCAUAACAAGUAUGUUUACAGCACGUUGUAGUCCAGUCCAUAUCCUGCUUCAGGUCUAAUUUUUGGAUUUCCUGUUUGUUUUGCAGCCUCACAUUCACAUGAGAACUGUCUUCAUACACAGGAGAACAUAAUAUUUUGGGAGUCGUCUUGAAAUCACAGAAAAAAUAAACCACGAGUCAGACAGGUACGCCAGUGCACCGGCUUAUAAAGGCACAUUUUUUUCCGUGAUCAGUAUAUGAGCUCACCAACAUUGCUGUUGAAGAAAUACAGUAUUUAUAUGCAUGACACCUGAUCAUCACCAAGAACCACGGGCUGUUAAUGUGCAUGUGAACAUACUUGUGAUUAUUUUUAGUGGGUGGAACCCUAAAAAAAAAAAGAGACUUUCCACUCUUCAGCAAAACAAUCCCAAAUCAAGUUCUUCUUACUCUUUUUUGCCCCCCCCCCCACACCUUUCAACCAUCUCGCACUGUUUUCAGUCAAUGCUUAAAAACUUGAAACCCAUCAGGACAAAGAAGUCUUGAAAGUGCUGUUGAUUAGCUCACGUCAUGACAACUGAGCAAACUCCAUCUACCGAUAAAGACCGUUUGAUAAUGGUUGAAAGCUUUAGAAAAAGCCAGUAAGUUGAUCUUGGGUUGGGAUUGUUUUGUAAAACCACUAACUUUUAAUUCCAUGUUUGUCCAUUUUCCUGUGUCUCCAAGUGUCUCUUUUUUUCUGAAUGAAAGAUAUCAGACAGCAGGAAAACUGGUGUAAGAGCACUUUAGUUUUGCUCCAGAUACAAGACUUUUAUCUGUGGAUUACAGUGGACCUCAGCAGGAGAGGUGGAUGCUGCCUGUUGGUGCCACUAUUUGGGUCAACCCUAGUCUUAAAUGUUGCUUUGCUGUACUGAAUUUUUUGACCUCUUUGCUCUGUUUUAAAACUUGGAAGCCAGUCAGUCACAUCACUGUGUUUGUGUGUGUCUGUGUGUAUCUGUGUGUGCACUUGCCACCACAAACACUUCUGACAGAGCUGUUUUCAACUGUGUUUUGUUUUAUUAUACAAACACACUCAUACACACGUUGGACCUGUAAUGUGUAAAUAACAGUGAACAUAUUUUAUUUCCUCGGCCAAUUUUACACUAGUCACUUUGGAUAGUAGCAUACUUGAAGGGGAAAAUGAAUGUUUAUAAUGCUUAUUAUUAUUGUCUGUGAACUUUUAUUUACCAAGAGCUGUCUAAUGACAUUUGUAGCACACAGCAAAACUGAUUUUUGUACUGUUUUAUUUUAUUCACUGCAAGACCUUAGAACGACCCGUGGACACAAACUGCUGCCUUAGAGAGAGUUUAGUAAUAAAAAGUCUUGAGAUGA